GCUAAUUACUUUAAGGUAUGUCACCGGAGAGCUAUUCCUUCGCGGUGGAGGCUGUAGACGAGGAGGCCGGAGGUGGGCAGGUCGAAGGGCCGGCGAGGUCAGAGAGUUGGGCCAGGGGCGGGUCGGAGGAAGCCAAAGGGGUGUAUCUAACAUGGCAGGAUCUUUGGGUGACAACUUCGAGCUUCAAGAGCAAAUCUACCACCAUCCUUGCAGGCCUGACGGGUUACGCCCGGCCCGGCGAGGUCCUCGCAAUCAUGGGCCCAUCCGGUUGCGGCAAGUCCACCCUGCUUGAUGCUCUUUCAGGUAGAUUAGCGUCAAGUAUGAGCCAAUCUGGAUUCAUUUUAGUAAAUGGACGAAAGCAAGCACUUGCAUAUGGGACUUCAGCAUAUGUCACUCAGGAUGAUGUUCUAAUGACAACUUUAACUGUAAGAGAAGCCCUGUAUUAUUCUGCAGAGCUACUUCUUCCUAAUUCAUUAUCCAAGGCUCAGAAGAGGGAGAGAGCAGAUACAGUGAUCAAGGAGAUGGGCUUACAAGAGGCUAUGAAUACUAGAAUUGGAGGUCGAAGUAGCAAAGGCAUAAGUGGUGGGCAAAGGAGACGACUUAGCAUUUGCAUAGAGAUGUUGACCCGUCCAAAGCUACUAUUCCUUGAUGAGCCCACGAGUGGAUUGGACAGUGCAGCAUCGUACCAUGUUAUGAGUCGGAUAGCAGACCUUGCACGUCGCCAUGGAAGGACUGUCAUUGCCUCCAUUCACCAGCCAAGUUCUGAAGUGUUUGAUCUAUUUGACAAUUUGUGUCUUUUAUCAUCGGGAAACACAAUCUAUUUUGGCCCAAUUUCUUUAACUAGCGAGUUCUUUGCAUCCAAUGGCUUUCCAUGCCCACAAAUGAGGAAUCCUUCUGAUCAUUUUCUUCGAACAAUCAAUAAAGACUUCAAUGUGCAAAUUAAGGUUAUUGGAGAAGGUAGCGAGCAUCAUCCCACAGACAUUACUUCAGAUGCAAUAAACAUACUUGAAAGAUCAUAUAAAUCUUCGAGUAUUUUUCAACAAGUGUUGAGGCAAGUAGCUCAAAGCAGCAACAUGAAAGGAGAAAUAGUGAAGAGGGGAAGUCAAGCUCCCUUCUUCACUCAAUGUUGUGUGCUCACAAAGAGGUCAUUUGUGAACAUGUAUAGAGACCCAGGCUAUUAUUGGCUGAGACUAGCUAUAUAUUUUGCUAUUUGCCUUAGCAUUGGAACAAUCUUCUAUGAUAUUGGAUUUAAUUAUGAAUCAAUUCAGGCCAGAGGUUCAAUGCUCAUGUUCGUAGCUGGAUAUCUUACUUUCAUGGCGAUUGGAGGGUUUCCUUCUUUUGUGGAGGAUCUUAAGAUCUUUCGUCGAGAGAGAUUAAAUGGGCAUUACAAACCUGUUGCAUUCACCAUUGCAAACAUGCUCUCCUCUGCGCCAUUUAUAUUUCUGAUCUCCGUCCUUCCUGCUGCUAUUGCCUACUACAUGGUCGGUCUACAGAGAGGCCCGCAACAUUUCAUAUUCUUCACUCUUAUACUCUACUCGAGCAUGCUUAUCGUCGAGGGCCUCAUGAUGAUAGUCGCAAGCAUCGUCCCCGACUACCUAAUGGGCAUCAUUACUGGCGCCACCAUACAAGCGAUGAUGGUCCUUGCCUGUGGCUUCUUCCGUCUGCCCGGUGACUUGCCGAAGCCGAUAUGGAAGUACCCACUCUACUAUAUUGCCUUUCAUAAAUACGCAAAUCAAGGAUACUACAAAAAUGAAUUUUUGGGGCUAAAUUUUAGUGGCAAUGGAGGUGGAAAUUCAUCAAUUUCGGGGGAAGAGGUUUUGAAGGAUUAUUGGCAAAUGGAGGUUGGUUAUUCAAAGUGGGUUGAUCUUGCCAUCUUAAUUGGGAUGGUGGUGGCUUAUAGGUUCUUGUUCUGGGUUGCAGUUAAAGUUGGUGAGGAAGUGAAGCCAAUGGUGAGUUUUUUCCUGCUUGGAAAGAAAAAACAUGUCUUGGAUUUGCCAUCUUCAAUUCCAGUUGUGGUGACUAACUCCACCCUUUAGAAAAGCAUAUUCAUUCAUAUAUUCAAUUUUAUCAUUCUUUGAGAUCUGCCCUCUGAAGGGUAGAAUUGUAGAAUAGAAGCAUAAUCAGCUCAAGAAUAGAUAGAUUUUAUUCUGAUGCACAAAUUGAGUUUUUUUUUUUCUUUUCUACUAAUUGUAUGGAAAUUAGAGAGAGAAUUGUAAUAACUUGCAAUUCGUUCUUUUAGAUUUUGUAAACUACUUUAUGUUUCUUUGUAUAGUUAGCAUUUUGAUAUUUGCAGGAGAAAUAUU